AUGCUUCGAUCUCUGCGCCGUCUUCUUUGCUUUUACUCUAAACCAUGCGAUCCCACCGAUUCCCCAGAUACUAAGAAUGUCAUUCGCUUGGUCAAAGUUCCUGAAACGCUUCAAUCACGAAUUGCUAGCCCUUCUAUACAAAGAGAUGCCACUAUACUACCUAGGGCUUCGAUACCCCGUUCCUGCACCAUCAGCACACACACGGAAUCCUCAGACGCAUCAGAUGGAGAAACCAAAGCAACAACAGCCUCAAUUGCCUCUGAUACUCCCCUGUCCAAGACGUCUGCCAAGUCAACAGCUACCCACUUGAUCACACCGUAUAUUCCUAUCCUGCAACCAGAUGGCACCCUGAAAGCCCCACAGGUUUCAUUCGAUGGCUACGGCUCCUACGGGGGCCAGUUUGCUCCAGAAUCUAUAAUGGGUUUCCUAUACGAGCUGACCUCGUUCUUCGAGGCCACUGUCUCAGAGCCUUCCUUCUGGCAUGAAUAUGCCACGUUCCAGCGUUCCCGGCCCACCCAGCUGCACAUGGCGAGCAAGUUGACCAGCUUGGCGGGCGGUGCAACAAUCUGGCUAAAGCGCGAAGACCAGAACGAAUACGGAACCCACAAGGCCCGCAAUAUCGUCGGUCAGCUCCUCCUCGCUCGACGAAUGGGCCGCUCCGAGGUCGUCACUGAUUGCGCCUCGGCCAAACAUGGUUCCUUCACCGCUGCAAUGUGCACUCGGUUGGGUUUGCGCUGUGUGAUUGUCAUGGGUGCAGAUGAUGCUAAUGCCCAGCAUGAGGAUGUGCUUGAGAUGAAGAUGCUCGGCGCUAAGAUUAUCACCGCGAGCGCCCCAUCUGGCCUGGGCUCCCUGCGCGCCGCCAUCACGGAGGCCCUGCGGUAUUCGGUUUGCAACCAUCAGUCUGCAUACUACCUCAUGGGUAGCCCCGUGGGUCCUAGUCCGCUGCCGACCCUGGCUCGCACGUUCCAAGCUCUCCUAGGCGAGGAGGUCGCGGCCCAGAUGCAGGAGGCUGGCUGUAAGCCGGAUGCCCUCGUCACCGCCGUUGGAAGUGGGAGUGGUGCAAUUGGACUUUUCAGACCAUUCCUUCAUGAUCUGUCUGUUCGGUUGAUUGGUGUGGAGGCUGCUCACGCGGCUGCCCUGACAGAUGGUGAGCUUGGUGUUCUCCAGGGUGCUCGUACGCUCUUGUUGCAGACCAAUGAGGGCCAGAUACUUGACUCGCAUUCUAUCUCGCCAGACAUGAAUUUGUCCACUGUGGGCCCUGAGGUCGCUCAUUGGAAGGACGCGGGCAGGAUUGAAAUUUCAACGGCUACCGACGUGGAUGCCCUGGAUGGGUUCAAAACACUCCAGCACCACGAGGGAAUCCAUUCUGGCCUGGACUCGAGUCACGCGGUGGCCAAGGCUAUCGAUCUCGCGAGAGAACUUGGCCCGGGUAAGAAUGUGGUUUUGAUGGUGACUGGAUGUGAUAACAUCGGCAUGCGUAGGUUGAAUGUCUGA